UGUAAGUGUAAUACAUUUCCAUUUAAAGGUCAGAACUGAAAUCGUUUCCUCGAUAAAAAAAAUUUAUCCGCAUUGUAGCUCUUUGAAAUUUACUUCAAACUGAUUGAUUUGGUCGGAAUUAUGUAAUUUGUGAUUAAACUAAAAUUAAGAAAAUGUUGCCGUACGUAAAAGAAAAUGAAAAAUAGAAAUUCUCUUGCUGAAAAUCGGUUCUAUUGACGAAAAAUUCACGAAAAGAAUUUCAGUAUAUUUGCUCAGUUGAAAAAGGAUUUUCCGGGGGACACAACAGCAUUUAAUUUUUACACUUUUUUGAGGUUUUGUGUGUUACAAUUAAAAGAUAUCCUUAUGAUCGGAUCAUUUUGGAAUUUGUGUAGAGCGUGCCCAUCAAUGCCUGUAGACAAGCUCCAUUCGGAAUAUCGAAGCACUUAUCGUUGGCAUGAGUACACCGGUGGGUCUAGGCCAGAAGUAAUACGACGACCACCAGCAGCAAAUCAGUUCGCCAGCUCGGCGGAUAAUUUCUUUUCGAAGUCAACGGAAGCUGACGAAAGGCAUGUUGAAGGAACAUGUAAUGAACCCCCUCUUCCGAGAAGAAAAAAGUGUCCUGAGCUAGCCUAUAAGACUCAUGAAUUUAUUAAUUGUGAUCAAUCAGCGUCGACCAAUUAUAGAAAUGAUAAUAAUUCUAUUAAUCGUGCCCGGACUGAGAAUCGAGGAAAUCGUGGAAACCGUCGUAGCAAGUCGGAGGGUCCACAUCGUCAUGUAGAUGCGGCUGUGGAUGAAAAGGGUUCCAAUGGACAGGCGGGUGAGUCUAGCGGAAUUUUCAGAAAAACUUUUUCAAAAUUGAGCACCGAAUAUCGUCUACAAUUUAUUUGGCCACAUACGCGAAACGGUACACAUAAUUCAGAAGAUGGUGUUGAUCUGCCCAGAAAAUCGUUGUCAAUGGGUGUCAUUAAAUCAGCUCGGUCAAAUGCAAUUCCCAUCGUACAUAAAAAGCGCACCACACACGAAAAAGAAGCAACUGUGCAGGAACUGGAACCUCUGUUUGAUGUCGACGGAAAAUCGAACAAGAAAGUGUCGAAUCGAAAAACUAUUCGACCAUUUUCACAAUAUUCGAUGAAUGAGAUUCGACAGAAGCAGGGCAUGACUGACAAGGAGAAUUUCGGAUUUGUCGUUGAUAGCGAAACGACAAAUAAAGUAGAUGAAAAGACGGUGAUGAAUGGACACGAUCCGAAUGCGGCCGCUUGGUACAAGGACGUGAUCGAAUUGAGAAAGAAGGCUGGUGAAUAUAAGCAUCGUGGAUGGGGAGUUGAAAUACAACCCGACAUGUAUAAUAAACAAAAGGAAUUGUGGGAUCAAGUAUCACGAAGAAGUUCGUUGUCAGCAUUGUCGUUAGCCUCAUCAAUUCAUAAUAGACCUAUUUCGAAGGAAGAAAAAGAGAAGGAGAACAAAAAUAAGAGUUCACCAAUCAAACCGAAUGGCAGAGCUGUUCCAGGUCAAGUGCACUUUGUCGAUAAUAGAUUAUGUGACGGUGUUACAAAUCGUUUAUACAAUGUUCGUCAUCAUUUAGAAAGAACCACUGGUCCAGAUGUCGAGGAGGGUGCACUACUUCCGUCACCGACUAGAGAAAAAUUAAUUCCAACUAUACCUAAGUCAAAAGAUGACGAAAGUUAUAAUUCCCAACGUGGCAGUCCAAAGAAAAGUGCUACAUCACGUCACGGCAGUCCGCAGAAAGGAAGCCCACAAAAAAGUAGCAGCAGUCCUAAAAAAGUGUUGAAACAAUCAAAAGGACGUUCUCAAUCUGUUGGUCCAGUUACAACGAAUGCCGAUGGUUCGCCGAAAAGGCAAAUUCGCUCAGGUAGUGCAGUUCCGAAUGCAACGUCAACGUCAUCAUCUAAGCCGUAUAAAAAGACUCCAGUUUCAACACCAACCAUUGUGGAACGGCGUCCACGACCAACCACCCUUCCCACAUCCAACUCCCGUUCUAAAAGUAGUUCGCUGCCGCCAAAUGGUAGAUCCUAUUCUAAUCAUCAAAAUCAAAACCUACCAAAUGACACUCAUAAAUUGUCACCAUUAACCUUAACAAUCCCAAAUCUGAAAAAAUCCUAUAAAUCCAAUAAACAUCAGAGACCAAAAUCGACGAUCAUUAAUGGCUAUAACGAUCCAAUGACCGAAUCAACCAUUAAAUUUGAUCAACCAGAAAAAAUCAAAGGUCAGGAUAACAAAACUGGGGAAAAUGAUGAUGAUGAUACCGACAAAGACGGUGGAUCGAUAUCGAGUGCCAGUCCAUUACCCGCUCAUGAGAUUAUCGAGCACAUCGUUAAGUCGCCACCCGAACCGACACGAGUCAAAUCACCGGAACAAAUACUGAUGAGGUCUCCCGAUCCGGUAAAUUGGACCGUUCCGUUAGAUACCGGUAAAACGUUUACGGUCACUCAAAACGUCCGUGAUGGGGAUCCAAUACUUCGCCCACAAAGUGAAUUGAAGGCAUCGACACCAGUGGAUAAACCACCGGCUGCACCGAUGUCAGCUCCACCAGAACUUGCCGAACCAUUAAAAAAUGAUUCAUAUAACGAUAAAUUGUCAACUGUAACUGCCAUAAACAAGCCGGAUGUCCGAUUUGACAAGCCAGUUCCAGGUUCGACUUUACGUUGCAUAGAUGAUCCUACAUUUGAUCCAGCAAUUAAUUCGCCAUCAGCUUUAGGAAUUUCGAAGGACUAAAUGAUGAACUAUUGAUUAUUGGUAAACCGCAUUCAACAUUAUAAACAUUUAAAUAAAAGUAAAGAUGAAGAUGAAAAAAAAAAUUGAAGAAAUAAUGCAGGAAAAUAAAAUUAGGUUUUGCAAAUAAAAUUUUAUAUAAAUUACGAUUGCUAUUAAACUUAGCCAUUAAUGAAGAGAAAAGUAGAGAAAAAAACAGACAACAAUUUUUUAUGGUAGAUACAAAGAAAACAAAAAGAAAAAAUGAAAAAAAAAAUUAAAUCUGUCGUAAAACUAUUACUAUUAUUAAAAUUAAAGGUUGCCAUAAAAAUCGUUACUUAACGAAAAAAUUCAAUAAAAUGAACAUUUCUUGCCUAUAUUAAAACAAAACAAAUAAGUUUAUUGUCUACAAAACUAGUAGUAAUUCAUAUUCAUAUCUAGAAAGCAUGCAAUUCUGUGCGCGCACCACUUCCUAUACCAAUAUUUGAAACAUUUAUAUGAGAAAAAAAACAAAUCGAGAAUUUUUUUUAUCCAAAAACUACCAUCCACAUUAAAGCCUUCAGUUGUAAAAUAUAUCCAGAUUGGUCGCUGGUUUAAUUUUCCACAUCUUUCUGUAUCGAAAAUCAUAUUUUUCAUCGCUGCAUACAGCGGAAAAUUGACGUCUACCCUUAGCAUAGGUAAAAUUUUGCUACAUAAUUUGGACGAAAUAUUUCCUUAACCAUCUGCCUCUAUCGGUUUCAGUUCCAACAUUUACUCGCUACGAAAAAACUAAUCAUUUUCAUCAAUUUUCUACUGUUGUAAGGGUGGUGAAACUUCAUGCUGUUAGAUGUUAAUGUUAAAAUAUUUGAACGUUAAAUUCUUGAAAAAUGUUUAGAUUGCCUAGUUGGUUCUCCAAAGAAAAUAAGACACCUUUUACAAUAUAAGCAAUAACAUGUAAAUAAUGGUAUCAAUGCCAUUUUGUGCCAAUUGGGUAUAACAAAAAAUGAAGACUCAUUACUUAUACUGGCGAUGUGCUUACAUGGGAAGCGAGCAAAGAACGUUUCAUAUAGCCGAUGCAUUUUUCUCAUUUUUCCUGAAUGACUGAUGGUCACUUUUACUGGUACAUCUGCCAAAACUUUCAGCAGCUACGUAACUAGCCAGAAAUUCUUCUUUUUCUUGGUUUGACGUAAAUUUUGUGAACCGAACCGUAUGCAACUAUAUCGUCACACUACUCAAAGAAACAAAUAUUUGCCUUCGAGUUGAGUACAAAAUGUUCCAUCGAAACUAUUCUGAAAAUAAGAAAGUUUCCCGCGAUCAGCAGACACGUAAAAAAAAUCAUUGUCAAUGGAUUGACGAUUUCAGGUGGUUUCAUUUUAUAUCUAUAGUUUUUAUACUUCUUAAAACUCUGAAUAUGUCGCCGAUUUAGACAAACAUUUACGAGAAUACAAUGAAAUUUGACAGACCACAAAAAGGAUUGACUUUACGGACAAUUUCCAUAAACACAAAGAGGAGUUCUAUUGAGUUUAUCUUUUAUUUUUCAUGUGAUUGUGUGCAACGCAAGCCGUAGGGAAUAGUGUUAACUGUUAGACAAUUCAGUUUAUCAUAGUGAUUGUGAGAAAAAGGGUCAUGGGUUUUUCUUUCCAUUUUCGUUUUUGUAGACUUUAUUUGCAUUAAAGUGCUUUGUGUCGGAGUUCUAUGAGGUAAAUAAUUGGUAAAUCGAAAAA